GCAAAAAGGUCAUCAUCAACCAAACGAAGCAAAAAUGCAGGCGGCACCGGCAACAGUAGAAUCCGUGCAAUGUUUCGGCCGCAAAAAAACGGCAGUAGCAGUAACACACUGCAAACGUGGCCGCGGACUAAUCAAAAUCAACGGCGUUCCAAUCGAACUAGUCCAGCCAGAAAUCCUCCGUUACAAAGCUGUUGAACCAAUACUCCUUUUAGGGAGACACCGUUUUGCUGGUGUAGAUAUGAGGAUUCGUGUUAAAGGAGGAGGUCAUACUUCACAGAUCUAUGCUAUACGUCAGAGUGUUGCGAAAGCGUUAGUUGCGUUUUAUCAGAAGUAUGUUGAUGAACAGAGUAAGAAGGAGAUUAAGGAUAUUUUGGUGAGAUAUGAUAGGACUUUGCUUGUUGCUGAUCCUAGAAGAUGUGAGCCUAAGAAGUUUGGUGGUCGUGGUGCUCGUUCUAGGUUCCAGAAAUCUUACCGUUAAUCAUCUAUUGUUACUGCUCUGAGAUUAUGAGUAUUGGAUUUGGUUUAGGGAUUAUUAUUAGCUAUUUACGGAGAUAUGAGUAAGUUUUGGAUAUUUAUUAUGAACCUUAUCAAAUGGUGCUGUGUUAUGUUAUGCAAACUUAAAAUUCUGUGAUGUUAUGUUAUGCAAACUUA